UCUCUUCAACUCACACCAGGAAAAUGGAAGCCCAUCUCUACCUUUAUGAGAUGAUGCUUUCUGCUGCCAAGCCCAUGGCUCUCAAAGCUGCUGUCUUGCUUAACAUCCCGGAAAUUCUAGCUACACGUGGCAGAGAAAAUUAUCUCUGUGUGGAUGAAAUUGCUCAACACAUUUGUGCCUCCACAAAAAAUAAGGUUCCCCAGAAGGAUUAUUUGUUUAGGAUUUUGAGAUUGCUGGCUUCUUGUGGGGUCUUCACAGAAGACUUGGAUGAGCGAACCAAGCAAAUGAAAUAUGGGUUGAACAGUGUUUCAAAGUUGCUUGUGAAGGAAGGAAACAGGGAUUCCUUUGUGCCAUUUCUGAUGUUGGCAGUAGACAAAGUGUACCUGGAUACUCACCACCAUUUUCAUGAUGCUGUCUUGGAAGGGUGUCAUCCCUUUGUCAAGGUGCAUGGCACAAGCCCCUGGGAAUAUGUCAGUUCAAAUACUGAAGCCAACAAGCUUUUCAAUCAGGCCAUGGCCUGCCAUACAAAAGAUGUCAUGGCUUCCGUGGUGAAGAUGUAUGAUGGGUUCAAGAGAGUUAGGAGUGUGGUGGAUGUAGGUGGAGGACUAGGCUCUGCAUUGUCUGCUAUACUUGCUCAACAUUCACACUUAAAGGGCUUUAACUUUGAUUUGCCCCAUGUCAUUUCAACUGCACCUCCCAUACCUGGAGUGGAUCAUAUUGGUGGAAACAUGUUUGACCAAAUUCCUUGUGGAGAUGUAAUUUUCAUGAAGUGGAUUUUACAUGAUUGGGAUGAUGACCAUUGUAUAGAAAUUUUGAAGAAGAGCUAUGAAACAACACCAAAAGAUGGAAAGGUCUUAAUUGUUGAUGCACUACUUGAUGGUUCACAAGGGAGCUUGAAUCGACUAGGUUUAUUGUUUGAUAUACAUAUGAUGAUCUAUACUGUGGGUGGAAAGGAGAGAAGUGAGGAAGAAUUUAGCCAAUUAUUUUUUAAAGCGGGAUUUAAGAGCUACAAUAUUAUUCAGCUGCCUUUUCUCCAAGUCCUUAUAGAAGUAUCUAAGUCUUAAAAUAUACUCAAGAUAUUUUAAUGUUACAUUUUCUUUUUAAGUAAUUGUAGUGACAUCUCUA